AUGAUCUUGACCAAGACCAAGGGCCUGGCCAUGGUGUACUACAUCACGAACUACGCCACCAAACUGGAUACGCCGAUGUGGAAACGCAUCGCUCUCGCCGCCGAGGUUGGCCGCCACCUUCGCGAAGCCGGUCGUCCGACGUCUCGCGUACCAGAUCCCGCCCUGCCCGACGACAGGCAGCAGGCAGUAUUGAAUGAAAGCCGUCAGUUCCUGAUGAGAACGGCAAACCGCAUCUUCUCCGAGCGACAACUCUCGGCCGUGGAGUACGCCGUCCCGAUCUUCCAAGGAUACAUCAGCGACGACCAUGAGGACGAUCACCCAGUCUAUAUUAAGCGAAACUCUGUCCUACAUUUGGCGUUAUUCGUCCCUUGGGAAAACUUCAUUUCUGAGAGCCUAGGCGAUAUAACUGACAUAUGGACGACGCAUCGGGCGGGCCUUUGUCCCCGCCUACGUUUCUACGUCUCUAACAUUUGUCUUUUGAGGAAGUCUGCCGAAGACGCGCGUAAGGACGCGAAGCUCUGGGCUAGUCGAUCGGAGGGCGAUGACACAAAUGACGUCGAGUACCCACUUGAUGAUGGCCGAUACGAAGAAGAGCCUCCAGUGCUGGCUCAUCGUCAGGCCUACAGAGCUCUACUCCAUAUUUUGCGAAAUGCAGUGCAGGACACGGACGCGACGAGAGACUCACCCGUCCUUGGAGAUUUCAUACGCGAUCUAUGCGAAGAGAACCUGACUGAAGAAGAGCAACCUUUGGUGCAACGUCAGCAGGAUUUGUACCGGAAUAUACCCCAUGAUCAAGGUGAUGCCUUGUGCCAAUUCCCAAUAUCCCGAGACGAUGUCCAAGCAGCGGCCAAGGCCCAACAGCUAAUGCAUCUUCGGAUGCUUGACGACAUUGAGAGUGGUUCUCAGGGGACCAUGCUUUCCGCGGAUGGCGCCGACAUCGACGAUACGCUAGCUCGCUACGGCGAUACGGAGUCCGCUGCUGCGCUCCCGGGCAGCGACCUCAAUGAACAAGGCCCUCGGAUGCUUGUCGACGUCAGUCCGGCAACUAGCUUCGCAGAGAUGGGACACACCACCGCGGCCAGCUUUACACUGAACUAUCCACAGAACACGGCCCUUCAACUCGUUUGCGUGUUUCUGGACAAGUAUACUGCCAAUCCGGACUCAGCGGGUCAGCAUCUUCAAUACACCGGCGGGCCGGGUGGCACGGGAAAGUCGAGGAUUAUCGAUGCCCUGAAGGACGUGUUCGCGGCGAGGAACCAGCCACAUCUUCUGCAGAUAACCGGCACAUCGGGCAGUUCGGCGGCCCAGAUUGGCGGCACGACCAUCCACUCGGCCUGUGGGUUAGAUUCCCAUCGCGAUCCAAACAAACCGCCUCCCCCCUUCUCGGAGGCGAAGAAGUGGAUAUGGAAACAGAAGCUGGUACUCGUGAUUGACGAGGUCAGUAUGCUGGGAGGAGCCACUCUGCACAACGUCAGUCGUCACCUGCAGGCACUCCGUGACUGUCCGGACGAACCGUUUGGUGGGAUGCCCGUCGUUCUACUGAUGGGAGACUUCUACCAGUUCGCCCCCGUGCGGGAAACAAGCCUACUGAUCAUCAGACCGCCGGACCGAACAGAGACCCCCCUGCGACAAGCGACCAUCUCUCACCACAGCGGCUGCAGAUUGUGGCAUCUGUUCAAAACCGUGGUGCUCCUCGAAGACCAAGUCCGCGCACGCAACGAUCCCCAACUCCGUGCACUCCUGGAUCGAGUUCGUAACGGGCGCCAGACCCAUGAAGAUCUGAGCUUGCUCAAUGCCAACAUUGUAGGACGCUCCCAAAUCACCUUCCAUGAUGGUUUGCGCGCUAUAACGCCGCUGAACCGCACCCGCUGGGCCCUCAACAUGGAAGCUGUCGUGGGCUGGGCGCGCUUCAACAAGCGGCAUAUCCGUAUCUUUGUCUCGACUCACACCUGGCGUAGCGGCGCGCUUUCUCCAGACAUCGUAGCGCGAACCAUCGGACAAGGCGACGACUCUGCCUGCAAAGUCCCCGGCGUCUUAUUCUACGCCCAGGGCAUGCCCGUGGUUGUGAACAAGAACAUCUACACUGGCCUGAAGGUUGUGAAUGGGGCCGACUUUACUGCCGUGGAUGUAAUAAUCGAUCCCAAUCACCCGGGAUACUGCUUGGCAGAUGACGUGACCAUCCACUUCGGGCCACCGCUCGGCAUUCUUCUGCAGUCCGAGGAGACGAAGGCCUUGGCGAUACCGUCCCUCCCGGUGGGGACGGUACUCAUCCGACCCAUGUCGCAUACGCUCGAUUCGACUAACUCUCACUUCAAAUUCUUGUCGGCAAGAUGCACGCGACGUGGAUUACCCGUUGCGCCAGCGUUCGUCCUCACGGACUACAAAUCCCAGGGUAAAACGUUCGUGGAGGUACUCUUGGAGCUGCGUGGAAAUCAUCUGACCAAUGGCGAACCCUCCAAAUGCGAUUUCACGAGCCUCUAUGAUUUUAUUGACAAUACGCUAGAUCGAGCCAUGCUUGAUGGAAUGCGCAGACUCACAAACUUGGCGGCGCAAACGAGACGGGCAUAUGAGGGUGGCGAUUCAGAAAAGCAGUGA